GAAAGAGAAGAAACAAAGAAUGAGAGACACGAGGGUCUCUUCUUCUCUCUUACGGAAAUUUCCGGGAAAGUCACCGGAGCCAGGUUAUGGGAGCCACACGAUAAGGGUUUUAUUCAAAAGUCGACAACGACGUCGUGCGUAAUAUCAUUAUCCCAACGCCAACCAUAUAUAGCGCAAUCACUCAACUUUCUCUUCGUUUGAGAAUAUAUUUCAGACGCAACCCUCGAAGAUGAACAAAGAUGAUGAGUGAAGCAGCCAUUAUUAAUCUAUAGAGCAGGAGUUGUGAUUUAAGAAUAAGAGAGUACCUCUGCUCUAAUGGUCACUAUGAUGGUGGACGAAGCCCUGAGUCCUGAAGACGCCGAGGGACUUCCCUUCACAAGAGACAAACACUACGCCAUGCAUGGUGAGAUCUUGACGCUACUUCUUGUCACCAGCUUUGCUCUCUUCCUCUUGUUCCUCGUGUUGCUUCCUUGUCUUAAACGCCGUUACAGUCACCAGUCCGACCUGUCAGAAGAGGCUUCCUCUAGUGGAACACUCAAGCCUUUGCCUGUUGUAAGCAAACAAUAGAUUUCGACGUACCCCAACAGGCCAAACAACUAACAUCUGCUUGUAUUGAUUGUCUAUUACAAAUUGUAGAACGUCUGUAACUCAUCAUUAUGUCUCA